CCGUUCUUCCCUCACCCCCUGGAAGUCUCAAACAACGUUAAAAUCAAAACACAGCCAGAAGCUUUGACACCAAUCAUCAUCAUCAUCUUCACCUUAUUUUAAUUGUUGACAACAAAAGUUUUCUCACUAGAUCUUUGUUGUACCCAUUUAUUUAAUAAUUACCCAAUUGUGAAUGCUAAAUUCAGAGAAAACAACUAGCAAAAAAUGGCCAUCUCUGAAACCUUCGCAUUCCUCCUCUCUCUACCCACUUCCUCAUCAAUUCUCAACACGGACACUGUCAUUGCCGUUACGGUGUUCAUCACACUCCUCUGCGCUUGCAUUGUCAUCGGUCACCUUCUUGAAGAGAACCGGUGGGCUAAUGAAUCAAUCACAGCUCUUCUUCUGGGUUUGGCAACUGGGUUAGUGGUAUUGUUGAUCACUAAAUGCCAAAGCUCGCGCUUACUGGUCUUCAGUGAAGAUCUUUUCUUCAUCUAUUUGCUUCCUCCAAUCAUUUUCAAUGCUGGUUUCCAAGUGAAGAAAAAGCAAUUCUUCGAGAACUUCUCAAUAAUAUUGAUGUUCGGAAUAUGUGGCACAAUAAUAUCAUUCUGUCUCGUAUCAGUAGGUAAGAUUUGUAAUUGCUUGAGGUUGUUUGUGUGUGUGUGUUUCUAUCUAACUUUGUUAAGCACAGUUUCUUCUAUUCCCAAAUUACAUGACUUCUUUUCGAUCUCCAAUAUCAAAUCACGACGCAUUCUAAUCCAUAUCUUUACUCUGGACUGUUUUGAUGCCCUCCGAUGUUUGAGACAAUCAUGCUUAUUUACUAUGCCUUUGUUUGGGAACUUGGUUUGGGGCUAAAAUAGUCACAAAAAA